AUGGAUGCGUCAUUAGAGAAAAAUUGGGAUAGGAGUACAGAUUUUCUUGGUGGAUUGUCUGUACAGGCAGCGAUUUCUGAAAAAGGGGUGUGUAUUGAUGUAGGGACAAGUAAAAGAAAGAAGGGGAAAGAAGCAGUUUCUAACGGGGAGGACCCUAUGAAAUCUAAGAAAAUAAAAACUUUACCCGAUUCUGAAAAAGAUGCAGUAGAUCCAAAAAUUAAAGUUGAAGUUUCGGAACCUGAAAUUAAUCAAUUGGAAAAUUCACCGACAACAUUUAAAUCACCUAAUCAUUUAAAUUCACCAAUGCCCGAAUCUUCUAGGCGUGUAAAUACACCAACACUCGGAUCACCCAAACUUUUAAACGCAAUAUCGAGAAAAUCACCUACUUUUCGACAACCUAGACGUUUAUUUAUAUCACCGCGUGAACUACCUAAACGAUUGAAUGAAAAAGCGGCGGGAAAAUCAGUAUCUGAUCUGGUAGAGAAAUCAAAUAUUUCGGCGAGAGAGCAGAAAGAACAA